GUUCGUGAGUGUAACUUGCCGUGAGCGCGUAUCGUGGUCCACGUUAUUUCGUGACAUUACGUGAUCCGCCGGUAACGCUAGAUUCGAGAUAAACCCUCGGGAAAUUGUGAAAUUUAUCUGGGAAAUUAUCCAGACUACUCGAUUGAUACGUGAAAAUUUUAAUUUUAUUCAUCCGUGAAAAAAACUGUGAUUAAGAAAUUUGCAUAGACUCUUGAGUGAGUAAGUUUAUGCGGAUAGCGUAGUCCUCACGGAAAUUGUUGGUAGAAUGAGACUCAAACCUCAUGAGACGACAUUGAUGAAGUGGUAGAUUUUUUGGAGUGGAAUAGGUGUAUUUUGGGAGAAAUCAAUAGUUUGUCGGACUUGGACUUUUCUUCUCUGGAGGCAAAACUAAAGGCGAUUGAUUGAUUGACAGAUUGAUCAAAACUCAAUCUCAUCGACAGAAGAGGAUCAGCAAUGAUCACACAGUGAGACUCGGAACGGGUGGCUAGAGAAUUUUCCGCGGAAAAAACUGACGGAAAACCGAUGUUCGCGAGAUCGCCCGGCUUUAGACGGUAUGAAGUGGCAAUUUUCCGGUUGAGUGUUCUGUGUUUGCGCGGUGAUUUGACGGAGCUGAGCGGCCGAGUGUGAGUGAGCUGACAGCUGAAACUGACUCCAAUAUCAACUGACUUCAGCAGCAACUGACUCCAGUUUCAACUGGAGUCAACUGACAACCAUGCUGCUUCUAUCGGUUGCUGUUAUCUGCCUGCUACACGCAGUGAAAUCGCAGGAUUUGUCGCUGGCUGACUCAGAUGACAUAGAGAUGGUUGAAAGUGUGGUGGAUACAGUUGCAACACUGCCCUGUGACGUCAGUCCAACCUCUGACCCCGAAGACCUCCUGUCAGCUGUCAUCUGGUACAAGGAUGAGUCAAAUUCGCCUUUCUACAGCGUGGAUUUACGCGGCAGAGACGUGGCGUCGGGCAAGCAUUGGGCCGACGCAGCUUUGGGCGGUCGCGGACAUUACAGCGUCGAGACGCCGCGGUCCUACCUCACCCUGACCAGGGUGCAGGCCACUGAUGCUGGCAGUUAUAAGUGUAGAGUCGAUUUCGACCACUCACCCACGCGCAACUCCCUCCUCAACCUCACUGUCAUAGUGCCACCGAAGAAGCUGACAAUUCUAGAUGCAAAUGGCAGUGCACUGCAGAGCACAGUGGUAGGGCCAAUCACAGAAGGCACAAGUCUGCAGCUGAGCUGCGUCGCUAUUGAUGGUCGCCCCCCACCAAGAGUCAGCUGGUGGCGAGAUGGAGUCCUCUUGGACUCCAACGACGAGGUCCUGUCUGAACGGCGGGUGCGUAAUCUGCUGACCCUGGAGCGACUGGAGAGACGCCAUCUUGGUUCCCUGCUCACCUGUCAGGCUACCAACUCACAUCUCCUGCCUCCGCAGUCUACUACGCUCUCUGUCGACCUAUACUUGAGACCUCUGGAGGUUCGACUUCUUGGAGAGAACGAGGCCCUGAGUGCCGGGGUCUCAUCACGACAUCUCCUGUCGAACUUCAGGGUCCCGGCCCCCACCUCUAGUCACCUGGUGGAAAGGGGGGAAACGUAUCACUACCAAUAUUCGUGAAACUAGUAGCAGCGACGGUAACGUUACCACUAGCAUCCUGACGCUAACUCCGACAGUAGAAGAUGCUGGCUCCACUCUAGCCUGCAGAGCGACCAACACUCACCUCCCAGCUACUAUCAUAGAGGACUC